CCCCCAUGCCAUAACAUUACUUGAAACGACAGCGUUUCGAUCAUCUAUGAAACUUAAAAGAGUUUGAAACAGAACAAGGCGAAACAAACCCCAUUGAAACACAGCGCCGCCCUACACGAAGAAGCCAAAGAUUUUUGUUUUCUUGCUUCUCUGAUUCCGAGCUUGCAAAGGGAAAUUAUGUUGCAAAACAAGGCAAACCCGACUAUAAACAAGUCAACUGGCUUGCCUCGGAAGAGAUUCUAUCGAGCACGAGCACACAGCAAUCCUCUAAGUGACUCGCACUUCCCGGUUCCGCUUUCCCCUAGCCAUGUUGACUACUCACUUCAUUACCCUCAAUUAUUCCCCUCAUCCGAUCGUUCUGAUGGUUCCAAAAAGAUUGAGUUUGCGGAUAUUGGUUGUGGUUUUGGUGGGCUUCUAAUUAGUCUUUCAACUCUUUUCCCUGAAACACUAAUGAUUGGGAUGGAGCUUAGGGAUAAAGUUACAGAGUAUGUGAAGGAAAGGAUUUUAGGUUUAAGGGUGGCAAAUCCCGGUCAAUACCAGAAUGUUUCCGUUGUUCGAACUAAUUCAAUGAAAUACAUCCCGAAUUACUUCGAGAAAUGGCAGCUGUCGAAGAUGUUUUUCUUGUUCCCAGAUCCGCACUUCAAAGAGAAAAACCAUCGACGUAGGGUAAUCAGUCCUCACUUGUUAGAUGAGUAUGCUUAUGUUCUUAAAGUUGGUGGGAUUAUAUACACAAUUACAGAUGUGGAAGAACUUGGAGAAUGGAUGAAAUCUUGUUUGCAAAAUCAUCUGAUGUUCGAACCCCUCUCAGAGACGGAGCUCGAUGCUGAUCCUGUUGUAAAACUGUUGAGUACUGCGACUGAAGAAGGACAAAAGGUAGCUCGGAAUGGCGGGCAGACUUUUCAAGCAGUUUACCGACGAAUUAAACCGGCUUCACAAGAAAACAGUUAACCUGUUCAAGCAUUAGCCAAUGCACAAUUUUUCUGGUCAGAGAAUAGGGUUUUUUUCUCUCUAAAGUUACUUCACUAGAACAUCAUGAAUCAACAGGUUUUUGAACUACUUGUUAGUUGAUAUGCUAUUUAUUCGAAAGUUAUUUUAAAAAAAGGUUCUUAUUA